AUGGACAAGCCAUCGCUGACGCAGACGGAAUGCAACUUUGCGGCGCAAGAGCCCGUGCUGCCCUUCCUGCGCUUGCUGCGAGUGCUGCGACUGCUGAAGCUCUUUCAGAUCUGCCAACCCUUGCGGAUCAUCGGGCGAGGGGUGGUGAAGGCCUUUGCGGUGGUGGUGUUGGUGGGUAUGGUGGUGCUGGUGCUGAACUUCGGGCUGUCAGUCAUCCUGACAACGCUGGUUGGACAGAGGUCGAUGCUGUGGGCGGAUGAGACCACCGAAGACAUCGCCACGUGGUUCGGGUCCAUCGGGCGGUCCAUGCAGACCUUGUUCACCAUCCAGACGCUCGCGGGCUGGGACAACAUUGCCAACGUGCUCGGCACGGUGUAUCCCUCCACCGUGGUGGUCCCACUGAUAGUGCUCUACAUGAUGGUUUGCGUCUUCGCAGUGGUGGGCCUCAUUACCUCGGUCAUCAGCGACUCCUUCAUGGCCUCCCAGCAGCGCGAGCUGAAAAGCAGGGAGUUGUCCAAGGACUGA